AUGAGUGAUAGAAACAGAAGAAGAUCAAUCAGUCCUCAUACCCAAUCAUCAUUAUUUAAACUACCACCAUCAGAUGAUAAUAAUAACAAUAAUGGCAGCAACGCAUCUUCUACUUCUACUUCCUAUUUCUCAAAGUUAAAGAAUAUAUUGUUUCUGAAAUCACAAUCAGAUAUGCCACCACCGCCAGCAACAACCACUCCACCUAUCGCAGCAUCAAGCAAGAAUAAUUCAUUAACAUCAUUUGAUUUUGAAGUACCAAUGGUCACGUCUUCAGUUGCAUCAGAAAAGAAAAAACGAUUCUCAAUUCAAGGACAUCCAUCUAGUCUGGCAAUCCCAAGAUCACCAUCAUUAUCAAUUGAUUCACGCACAUAUCUGAGUCUACGUAUGAAUCUCAAAACUCAAAAGGAAGAAUUGAUUAAUGACUUGGAACGUAAAAUACCUAGUCAAUAUGGAGAAUUGUUGACAAAAGACGCUGUUACCCCUCCUCCUGUAACAAGUAGAGACAAUUCACCUCUGCUUGAAGCUAUCCCACAACCACAAGAACAAGAGCUAAUGAUAUUAAGCGGAAGCCAAGACACAAUGGCAGAAGCAACAGGAACUGCACAGCGACCUUUAAUAAUUGAACAUGAAUAUGCUCCAUUGUAUAUAGAUGAAGAAGGACAAUUGGUUCGUCCACCAUUUAUUAAUUUGGAUCCGAGAGAGCGUCACCAUUUGCUUCAAUUAAAGAGGUCUAUUGAAGCAUCCGAAUCCUUACAAAAGAGAAUUAAAUACAUGAAAGAUCCGAAUGAAACUUCAACCACAAGCAGUUUUGUGCUGAGUAUUGGUGGUAAUAAAGUGGAUAGUUGUACUCAAACACAUGAUAUAGGCUAUUUGACCAGUAGAUUAAAGUUCAAAAGAAAAUUGGAACCAUCCAUAACCUCAAGACAACCUAAACGACCCAAAAAUUCAAAAGGAUACUUUUCAGGUGAGUUCAUGUAUGAUAUUAUUCAAAAUCCUGAUCAAGAUUCAAUUUCAACAACUGGAGGAUCAAGUGGGAAAUUUAGUGGAUAUUUAGGAAAUAUUAGUAAACCAGGUUUUAAUAAGCCAGUGGUUGAGAAUAAACCAAUUACAAAAAUAAUUCCUCAACAAGAUGAAGAUCCAACUUUGAAACGAUUUGGACAGAAUAGACUGCGUGAUCGUGAGUCAGUAUUGGAUAAUAGAGGUAAGAAUUUUGUAUUAGAUGAAGAUUAUGUCAAGAGAUCAGAAUCUGUGUCAAAUAUUAUCAAGUUGAAAGACUCAGCAAUAGAGAAAAAGAAAUCAGACACCUCAACAGCAGCAGGUCCUUCUUCUGGGUUUAAGUUUGAUAUUAAGCAGGACAACAUAAAUGGUAUUUUACAACAACGUAAAGAGAAUGAUGAGUUGAUUGAGAAGUCGAAGUUAAUUAAUCAACCUUUGAAAUUUGGAAGUGUUAAAAAUAUUGAAGGAGAAGCGGAGACCGAAAAACCAGAAACGAUAAGCGGAUUAUUUGGAAAGAAACCUGAAACUGAAACUAAAAAGCCAGAAGCAUCAAGUAUAUUAUUCGGUGAUAAACCGCAAGCAACAACCGCUAGCACACCUUCUUUAUUGUUUGGGAAUAAGAAACCAGGGGAAGCUUCCAAACCUUCUUCUUUAUUAUUUGGGAAGCAGCCAGAUGAAGAACCAAAGAAAAGUAAAAGAAGGCUCUCAAGUGGAGACAACGAGGAACCAGCACCUACUUCAACUGAAUCAGCAAAGAGAGCUACCCCUGCUUUUAGUUUUGGAACUAAGCUUGGAUCUACUGAUGAAAGCAACAAGAAGACGGACGAGGGAACAGCACCAAAAUUAUUAUUUGGCAAACCUGCAUCAUCUGGUGGAUUAUUUGACAACAAAAUUCCCUCUGGUGGUCUUUUUGGAAAGAAAGAUACAGAGGCUACUAGUAAACCAUCUAUAAGUUUUGGUGAACCGGCUAAGGAAGCAACAGGUAAGUUUGAAUUUGGUAAACCUGUUGAAGAGGCUACGAAACCAGAUGAAACUAAACAAGGUGAAGCUGCUGCACCAAAAUUAUUAUUCGGUAAACCACCAGCACAGGAAUCUACUAGUACGGCGACGUUCGGUUUUGGUAAGAAGGAUAAUGAGGCUCCUGCUACUGCGCCUACAUUCUCAUUUGGGAAGAAAGACGAAGCUACAAAGACCACAGCACUUGCAUUUUCCUUUGAUAAGAAGGACGAAGCUCCAGCUUCUGCUACCGCAUUCUCAUUUAGUAAGAAAGAUGAUGAAGCUCCAAAAACUUCAGCCCCAGCAUUUGCAUUUGGUAGCAAGGAUGAAUCAACUACAACUAACUUGUUUGGAAAGAAGCCAGAAGAAAUUAAAGAGUCUAAUGGUAUAAAACCACCUGCUUUCUCAUUGGGAUUCAAAACAAGUGAAUCUCCUAUUCCUCAAUUAUCACUUGGCAAUUCUGCUGCUCCUACUACAGCUUCUACUAAUUUAUUAUUUGGCAAGAAAGAUGAAUCCAAAGAAAAUGGUUCUGUAUCAUUCGGGUUCGGUAAUAAAGAUAAACCAGCUCCAUCGUUUGGAUUCGGUAAGAAAUUAGAUGAACCAACUGCAGCCAGUACAGUUCCGAAGUUCUCGAUUGGUGGUGCCAAGGGUAAUGAAUCAGCUCCAUCUUCUAAAGAAUCACAAGGAAUGUUUUCUGCUGUUAGCAAUACUAACGAAGCUGCACCGGCUCCAAGCGCUACAAGUUCAGCCAGUUCUACUCCGUUUAAAUUUGGAACGGGGAGUGUAGCUUCAACAUCGGCCACAGCUCAAUUUGGAGCAUCUACUACACCAUUCAAGUUUGGAGGUGGUGCUUCUACAACAACACCUAAUGCACCGGCAUCUACAUCAUUUGCAUUUGGUAGUGGUAGUGCUGGCAGUGCUGGGAAAGACUCAACUGCUAAACCAGCGUUUUCAUUUGGUCAAACUGCUACAAAACCAGGCAUCGGGUUGGGUACAACUCCGUCAAAGCCUGAGUUUAAAUUCGCACCUGGUAUAAGUCCACCAGCCGCAAGUACGCCAAGUCAGCCUGCUUUUAGUUUUAAUUUAGGUGCAGGUAGUGGAGCAGCAUCAGCUCCACCAACUUCAUUUUCAAUGGGCCAAGGUGCAUCAUCCACAUUCGGACAACCACCACAACAGAACAAUGCUCCAUCUACAUCAUUUGGGUUUAGUGGUGGUGCUGGCGUUGGUGCACCUGCGGUGACACCAGGUGGGUUUAAUAAAAUUCCACAAUUUAAUUUCACAGGUGCGAGUAAAACAACUUCUCCUGAUCCUGCUUCAAUUUUCGCCGCACAUAAUAUCACAGGCGGUGCUGCUGCAACUUCACGCGAGGGGACUCCAUUUGGUGUAAGUGGUCAAAAUGCAUUUGGAUCAGGUCCUGGUGGUGCUGGAAUGACAACCUCGGUUCCUACAGCUUUUGGAUCAUCAGCAGGAGCGCCUGCUUUUGGAGCAUCACAAGGAGGUGGAGGUUUUGGUGGUGCUGGUGUCGGAGGUGCUGCCCCACUUGGAGCCCCACUGUCCGGAUUUACGUUUGGGAAUCCACCUGCAGGAUAUACACCAUCCUUGCCUCCUCAAAGAAGGAUACUUAUGCCUAGGAGUAGAACCAGGAGAUGA